AUGCAUCGCAUCAUGGUUGUGUCCUCUUACUUUCGUUCUAUGUCAGAGGAAACGAAAGUGCUGACACGCAAGCGAAGUGUCAAGGCGCAGCUAGCUGGUACCAGCCUGCUGGUUCAGAGCGGAAAUCUUUCUGCGGAACAUGAAGAGGAACUCGGUUCCUUGAUGCGAUCAUUCCUCAUGGGGCUGGCGUUUGGAAAUGAUGCUGGGAAGGAUGAGAAUGACAACAACAACCUUCGCCAAGCCAGAAUCAUGGCAAUGCCCAAUGGGUUCUUUCUUGGAGCCCCUCCAAAUGUCUUGGGUGUUUCCAAGGACCUCAAGAUUGGAUAUGCCGAAGGAGUCUACUUGCGUGAAUUUCUUGGGAAAGCCAAGUUUGGAAAGAUACUGACUGCACAUGGGAUAAACUCUCAUUCACCGAUGGAAGAGGACUGGUCCUGCCCUGAUACUCCUGCUGCUCCCGGUGUGGCGGCCAAGCCUUGUCCGAAUGCAGAUGAUGAUGUCACGCCUGUCAUGUUUGCAAGUCGCUGA